AUGGUUGAUGACGUGAAAGAUAUUACCGAAACCGCUGAAAGUAAAGAAGCGCUAGACAGAGCGCGGCUAUCCCGCGAAAGACGCGAGGCGGAACAAAGAAAGCGGCUGGACGAACUACGCGCGCAUGCAGCUGCGGCGCAGGCGCAACGUGAGAAGAGAGAUGAAGACCGUCGCAGAAGACAGGCGGAACAGCGUCAAAAGGAUGACGAGAGGAGAUUACAGGUAGAAGAACGCAAACGCGCGAUAUGGGAAGCAUCGAUAUCGCGACGCGAGGCGUUACUGCAACGCGAGCGCGAUCGCACCGAACGCUUAGAGCGACAGCGCGCGGCACGAUCCGCACCAAGGCCAGCCUUUGCGUUCGGUUCCUCCACGCCGAGGCUUCUAGAGCCUGUUGACUCGGCCGGUUUCUUCUGGGCAGCGCGCAGGGCGGCAUCAACUACAAAUGUGAUGUUCGCGUCUGCGCCGCUCACGAGACGCGCCUCAGCCUUGCAGUUGGACACAUCUGACACUGAUAACAAAGACGAACCCGAGCGCACGCCUCAACCGAUAAUGUGGUCGUCGGUGGCGCGGCGGCGCACGGACCUGGUGCCGACGGUGCCGGCCCCGCGCGCGCCAGGUAGAGCUUACUCCAUGACUCGCCUGGACCGUCUGCCGCCGCAGCGCCCGCUGCACUGGGCCUCGCCCUCCAUGCAUCACCUCAACAGGGCCCAAACGCGAUCUGGUGACACUACGCCGGGAUCGCGGCCGGGGAGCGCACUAUCCAAUGCUACGGGAGUUAUUCGAAGGCCAACUUCAGCGCCGCGAAAGCCGAGACCUGCCUCUAUCGCCGGUACUGGAGUCAAUACACCUAGAGGUGGUGGCGACACACUGGCACAGAGUUGCGCGAGCACGCCGAGCGUGUCGCGGGACAGCACACAGGUCAUGGGCGGCGGGGACGUGCCUCGACGCGCCAACACCACGCCGCGCCGCCCCCGCCCCAACUCGCUACACGCACACAGCAAACCCGGUGAGUGUACCGCGGGCUCCUCGGGACACACCCCACACAGUUGCGCGAGCACGCCGAGCGUGUCGCGGGACAGCACACAGGUCAUGGGCGGCGGGGACGUGCCUCGACGCGCCAACACCACGCCGCGCCGCCCCCGCCCCAACUCGCUACACGCACACAGCAAACCCGGUGAGUGUACCGCGGGCUCCUCGGGACACACCCCACACAGUUGCGCGAGCACGCCGAGCGUGUCGCGGGACAGCACACAGGUCAUGGGCGGCGGGGACGUGCCUCGACGCGCCAACACCACGCCGCGCCGCCCCCGCCCCAACUCGCUACACGCACACAGCAAACCCGGUGAGUGUACCGCGGGCUCCUCGGGGACACACCCCACACAGUUGCGCGAGCACGCCGAGCGUGUCGCGGGACAGCACACAGGUUCAUGGGCGGCGGGGACGUGCCUCGACGCGCCAACACCACGCCGCGCCGCCCCCGCCCCAACUCGCUACACGCACACAGCAAACCCGGUGAGUGUACCGCGGGCUCCUCGGGACACACCCCACACAGUUGCGCGAGCACGCCGAGCGUGUCGCGGGACAGCACACAGGUCAUGGGCGGCGGGGACGUGCCUCGACGCGCCAACACCACGCCGCGCCGCCCCCGCCCCAACUCGCUACACGCACACAGCAAACCCGGUGAGUGUACCGCGGGCUCCUCGGGACACACCCCACACAGUUGCGCGAGCACGCCGAGCGUGUCGCGGGACAGCACACAGGUCAUGGGCGGCGGGGACGUGCCUCGACGCGCCAACACCACGCCGCGCCGCCCCCGCCCCAACUCGCUACACGCACACAGCAAACCCGGUGAGUGUACCGCGGGCUCCUCGGGACACACCCCACACAGUUGCGCGAGCACGCCGAGCGUGUCGCGGGACAGCACACAGGUCAUGGGCGGCGGGGACGUGCCUCGACGCGCCAACACCACGCCGCGCCGCCCCCGCCCCAACUCGCUACACGCACACAGCAAACCCGGUGAGUGUACCGCGGGCUCCUCGGGACACACCCCACACAGUUGCGCGAGCACGCCGAGCGUGUCGCGGGACAGCACACAGGUCAUGGGCGGCGGGGACGUGCCUCGACGCGCCAACACCACGCCGCGCCGCCCCCGCCCCAACUCGCUACACGCACACAGCAAACCCGGUGAGUGUACCGCGGGCUCCUCGGGACACACCCCACACAGUUGCGCGAGCACGCCGAGCGUGUCGCGGGACAGCACACAGGUCAUGGGCGGCGGGGACGUGCCUCGACGCGCCAACACCACGCCGCGCCGCCCCCCGCCCCAACUCGCUACACGCACACAGCAAACCCGGUGAGUGUACCGCGGGCUCCUCGGGACACACCCCACACAGUUGCGCGAGCACGCCGAGCGUGUCGCGGGACAGCACACAGGUCAUGGGCGGCGGGGACGUGCCUCGACGCGCCAACACCACGCCGCGCCGCCCCCGCCCCAACUCGCUACACGCACACAGCAAACCCGGUGAGUGUACCGCGGGCUCCUCGGGACACACCCCACACAGCUGCGCGAGCACGCCGAGCGUGUCGCGGGACAGCACACAGGUCAUGGGCGGCGGGGGACGUGCCUCGACGCGCCAACACCACGCCGCGCCGCCCCCGCCCCAACUCGCUACACGCACACAGCAAACCCGGUCAUGGGCGGCGGGGACGUGCCUCGACGCGCCAACACCACGCCGCGCCGCCCCCGCCCCAACUCGCUACACGCACACAGCAAACCCGGUGAGUGUACCGCGGGCUCCUCGGGACACACCCCACACAGUUGCGCGAGCACGCCGAGCGUGUCGCGGGACAGCACACAGGUCAUGGGCGGCGGGGACGUGCCUCGACGCGCCAACACCACGCCGCGCCGCCCCCGCCCCAACUCGCUACACGCACACAGCAAACCCGGUGAGUGUACCGCGGGCUCCUCGGGACACACCCCACACAGUUUGCGCGAGCACGCCGAGCGUGUCGCGGGACAGCACACAGGUCAUGGGCGGCGGGGACGUGCCUCGACGCGCCAACACCACGCCGCGCCGCCCCCGCCCCAACUCGCUACACGCACACAGCAAACCCGGUGAGUGUACCGCGGGCUCCUCGGGACACACCCCACACAGUUGCGCGAGCACGCCGAGCGUGUCGCGGGACAGCACACAGGUCAUGGGCGGCGGGGACGUGCCUCGACGCGCCAACACCACGCCGCGCCGCCCCCGCCCCAACUCGCUACACGCACACAGCAAACCCGGUGAGUGUACCGCGGGCUCCUCGGGACACACCCCACACAGUUGCGCGAGCACGCCGAGCGUGUCGCGGGACAGCACACAGGUCAUGGGCGGCGGGGACGUGCCUCGACGCGCCAACACCACGCCGCGCCGCCCCCGCCCCAACUCGCUACACGCACACAGCAAACCCGCACCGCCGACAGUGCCGGGCGAAGGCAAGCCGCCAUUACACAGAAAGCCAAAGCCAUCCAAAGAACACGAUAAGGCGGCGCGCGGCAAGUCGCUGUCGGCGUCCCCGGGCCGCGCGCUGUCGCCCCCGCCCCCCGCGCACACCGCGCCCCCCGCACACCCCGCACACAUCAAGGAUCCCAGCGCUGAGAAGGACGUCACUAAGACGCCGGCGGGGGUGGUGGACGGGGGCGGUGUGACGUCAGUGGUGGUGGCGAAGAGCCAGGUGGACGCUGUGGAGGUGACGCAGAAGCUGGAGGCGCUACAGAUACAGAACGGGGACGCACACGUUAAUCAUAAGGCGAACGAAAUCAAAGAAGCAGUAGAAGAUAAGCAGGAAUCGAAAAUCGAGCAAGUAACACAGGUAACGAAGCAAGAAGAGACAGUCAGCCAGAUUGUAAAGAAAGAGGAGAAGAGAGAAGAAAGGGAGGAAAAGAAAGAAUCCUCCGUUGAGAAGACUGAUGAAAAUGAAAUGACCGCAUCGAUGUCCCGGCGCAUCACCACGGAGGAGCAGGCCAAGGCGGCGCUCGCCGAGAGGCGCCGGCGCGCGCGCGAGGAGCUCGAGCGGCAGGCCGAGCUGGAGCGACAGAGAAUUCAACGUGAAGCGGAAGAGGAAGCCGAAAGGCAACGACAAGAAGAAGAAAGACAGAGGCGUGAAGAGGAGGAAGCUAGAGAACUUGCACAACUGCAAAGGAAAAUGGAGGAAGAGAAACUUAGGAAAGCUAUCGAGGCGCAGCAGCAGCUGGAGCGCGAGGAGGCGUCCCGCAAGGUGCGCGAGGAGGCGGAGCGGCAGGCGCGCGCGCGCGAGGACGAGGAGAAGCGCCGCGCCGCCGAGGAGGCCGAGCGCCUGCGCAGGGAGGAGGCCGAGCGCGAGGAGAGGGAGCGCCUCGUGCGCAAGCAGCGCGUCGAGGCCAUCAUGGCGCGCACGCGCCUCAGGAAGAAGAGGACAAGUCAAAGAGUCAAGCUGUCGCCGCGCCGGCCGGCCCUCCCCCUCCCCCCCCCCCCUCCCCCUGCCCCGGCCCCGCCCGCAGCGGCCGACAACGGCAACGAGCAGCCCGCCGCCGACCUGCUGGCGCUCAACGUUGCACAGGCUGAAGAAUCAAAGCCAGUAGAAGUGACGAGCACAGAGAGAGUAGAGGAAGAGAGUUCGGUGGCUCCCGCAGCGCACAGCGCCACCAACAACGGGAACGUCACUGCCGACCUCCUGGGACUGUCCCACACACAGGAUACUGGGGACAAAACCGAAGAGCAGACGACGGCCACCAAGCUAGCGGCCAACGACAACGCACCCUCCGUGGAGCCCAACAACGGCAACUCGCAACUUGCCAGCGUCGGCCACAUCUCGGCCAACUUCAUCCAAACCGAGCGCAUGUCCAACGAGACCCAAACCAAAAUGUCUGAAGUACCGAAUCUUCUCGACGACGAUUUCACAACGCACAACGGUCACGGGACGACCCUGAAUCACCCUUUGACGUUGCAGAACGCUAUCUAA